CAGCUACCUGUCUGUCUCGUGCAGCUGAUCCGAGUGAGAAUGAUUCAGAGAGGCGUCGACUCCGCUGGGAGGUCACCAGAAACAGAAGCGCAAAUACUUAUUGUUUCACCAAAUGGCAGCUCGCAACUCUGGUUUCAUGUCGGAGCUGUCCGGAUGGAGGGGACUCUAAGAGCGGCGCUAUGGCCUCGGAGAGCAGCGCAUGGAGCACCUGCGACUACAGCCACAACGUCACCUUCUUCUACGACUUGGUGGACAAGAAGAUCAGCGUGGUGUGGACCAUGCGGGACUUUGUGGUGAUCGGCCUGGGCCUGACGGUAUGUCUCAUCGUGGUCCUGGCCAACCUGAUGGUGAUGGUGGCCAUCUCCAUGAACCACCGCUUCCACUUCCCCAUCUACUAUCUCCUGGGCAACAUGGCUGCGGCAGACCUGUUCGCCGGUGUCGCCUACGCCAACCUGAUGCUGCACACGGGCCCGUGGACCAGGACGCUCACCAAGGCGCAGUGGUACAUCCGCGGUGCUUUGAUCGACAUCAGCCUGACGGCCUCUGUGGCCAGCCUGCUGGCCGUCGCCGUGGAGCGCCACCAGACCAUCAUCACCAUGCAGCUGCACAGCACCAUGAGCAAGCGGCGCGUGGUGCUGCUGAUGGUCUGCAUCUGGGCCGUGAGCGUCGUCAUGGGCCUGGUGCCUUCCACGUUGUGGAACUGCGAGUGCGACCUGGAAGACUGCUCCACCGUGGCUCCUCUCUACAGCCGCCGCUUCCUCGUCUUCUGGGCGGCUCUCAACCUGCUCACUUUCUUUAUCAUGGCCGCCGUGUACACUCGGAUCUACGUCUAUGUCAGAUACCAGACCUGCGACGCGUCCCACCACACAACGGAGAUGAGGAACAGGCAAACUGUCGUCAACCUGAUGAAGACUAUCUCCAUGGUUCUGGGGGCCUUCGUGAUCUGCUGGAUGCCUGGCCUCGUGACCCUCCUACUGGACGGGCUGCUGGGUCGAGCCAGCCACGCCAACGCCUACGAGAAGUUCUGUUUGGUGAUAGCGGAAUGCAACUCUCUGGUCAACCCCAUCAUCUAUUCCCUGCGAGACGACGAGAUGCAGAGGACGUUCAAGUGGAUCCUGUGCUGCGUGUGUCGGAGAGGUACUGACCGGCAGAGGGAGCGGUCACCUGCAGGGAUCAACUCCCCACUCCCGGAGGAAACACUUGGCUGUGUACAGAAGUUGCAAGAUCAGGCUGCCUGUACCGAAACAAACCAUAGAGAAGACAGUUGGACAAUGCCGGGGGUAUAAUGGCCUUCAAAAAAAUAAAAAGACUUAACUUGUACUGUCUAACUAGCACACAUUGUAUACAAUUAAUUGAUUCUUUGCAUUUGUAAAUUGAAUGAAAAAUAUAUAUAAAGAUGCAUAUUUUGAAAAGGAU